AAUACAAAUACAGAAGACAAAGUUUGUUUACUGUUUUACUAAAGUGACUAAAGUGAGUGCUCGCUCUGCUCAGUGCUGCUAGGCUUAGGCUACUCUACGUUGAGAUAUUGAUAAUUUAUCUUCGAUAUUUACUCAUUUUAAUAGUUUGUGAAAUAUUUGUCAUUUUGUUUUUGAUAUGACGACAAACAUUGAAAAUUUAAAUCCAAAGCUGUAUAAAAAAUGUGACGAUAGAGAACUAUCACAGUUUGAUGAAGAUGAAGAUAUUGUGGAUGAAUUUGAUUCCAGAGAAGUUUUUGAUCUGAUUCGCAACAUUAACGACCCAGAACACCCUUUGACCCUUGAAGAGUUGAAUGUCGUCGAACAGAAUAACAUUGAGGUUGACAACAAUAACAAUGAAAUCAAUGUUCAAUUCACCCCGACAAUCCCACACUGCAGCAUGGCUACUCUGAUUGGUCUGUCCCUACAAGUCCAGCUGUUAAGAACGUUACCACCGAGGUUUAAAGUACAGGUAAAAGUAUCCCCUGGCACUCAUGCGUCUGAACACGCCAUCAACAAACAGCUGGCAGACAAAGAGAGGGUGGCUGCUGCUUUGGAGAACACAAGUCUUAUACAGGUCAUCAACCAGUGCAUAGCUGUAGAAGAAUAAACCCAGCUGUAGGUUACGCCUUUAGGCAAGUUAGUUGUAAAUAAAAUAUCACUGUGAU